AUGGGCUUGGAUCACUUCGGGACCGAUUCGAUUGGGCUUGAGAGGCACACCAACACAUAUAUACACUCUGUCAUAAGCCUGCUCAAGCAAUACGACAGAGCACUGCUAUUCGAUGAGAUCAAAGAGAAGACACGCAUCGAUUUGUACAGCAACCACACUCUUUUGCAGCUGAUCAAGAAGAAUCCGAGGAUAGUUGCCACACAGAACUCGUUGAUGUUUAAGCCUCUGUAUUCUAUCAGAAGUGUCGAUGACAUGAGAAAGGUUGUGAAGAAUCUCAAUGGAGAAGAGGGGCUUGAAAUGAGCAAGCUGAUGGAUUCUCCGGUCGAUGCCUCUCCGUUUCUUGAGGAUCUGAAGGCAAGGAAGGAGGUAAUUGUCUUGUGCGAUAUGGAUGGCUCUGAAAUCGUGUUCUGGAACGAACUGGCUGAGGAACCAACAGAUGCACAGAUAAAAAGCUUGUGGAAUCAGGUGCGGAUAGGCACAUAUCAUGAUCUGAUCCAAGAGCUGAAUACAGCAGGGCUCAAGACCGAAAAAGCCGAAAACAUCAAGAAGAGGUCGAUGAUAAAGAUAAACCGAAGCAAGAGAAACAAAAGAAGAAUUAGGAUAACCAACACGCAUGUAAAAGGAUUGGAUCUCAGCGGAAUCCAGGACGACUGCUAG